AUGGAGUUCCACAUAACGCAUUUGAGUAAUAUCAAUACAACGAAUUCAUCGGAUCGGAGCUACCUAUUGACAUAUCCUCCUUAUGCUGAACAUUCUCCGGGAAAGUUUGCAGUUUACAUGUUCUUCGCUGUAACAUUCUGCAUUUUAGGAGUAUUUGGAAAUAUACUUGUCAUUGUAUCAAUUGUUCGUGAAAAGAUUUUACGAGUUCCUGAAAAUAUGUUUAUUGUUUCACUGGCUGCGUCUGAUAUACUCGUCUCUGGAUUCGUGCUUCCGAUUGGAAUUGCAGGAGUGGUGUUAGGAGAGCAGUACUUCCACGACAGAGUCAAGUUUUGUGAGUUCUUAGGGGGUGUCUGCUGGAUCUCGUGUAUCAGCGCAUAUCUAAGUGUGACGGGGUUGGCAAUAAACAGAAUGAUAUUGGUAUGGUUCCCAAAACUGUACAUACGUAUUUUCACAUGGAAAACGACGCCUAUCAUCGCGUUUGUCCCUUGGCUCUUGACCCUCCUCAGUCUUAUUCCCAUGUUGACUGACUGGGCAGAGUUGGAAUAUGACCCUGAGAGUAUGGUAUGCCUGUUUGACGUGGAUUUCCUACCUACUAAUAUGUACGUAUUCGUAUUUUUGCUGGUAUCACUGCUGACCAUAUUCAUAUCAAUUAUAAUGACAGCCGCCAGGAUAAAGAAAAUUAAAGAAAUGAAAUAUGAGUUUGCUGCCAUAGCCCCAAAUGUGUUGUUGAUGAGCGACUUCCUACCUGUUCCUCAGGAAGAACACGUACACAAAACGGUUCUGCGAGUUCCUGAAAAUAUGUUUAUCGUUUCAUUAGCUACUGCAGACAUAUUGGUCGCAGGACUGGUGCUUCCAUUUAGCAUAGCGGACUGGACUAAUUUGGAAUACGACCCAGAGAGUAUGAUCUGUUUGGUGGAUGUGGACUACGUUCCUUCUAACAUGUAUAUCUCUGUAUUCCUUCUGAUUCCAAUAUUUGCCACAUUCACGGCCGUCGUCAUGACGGGUGUCCGAGUGAAAGUAAUAAAAGGAAAGAAACAGGAUUUCGCCGUGAUCGCUCCUAAUGUUCUCUUGAUGAGUACUUUCCUUCCUGCCCCUGAGGAAGAACAUUUGCACAAUACCGUGGAUGAGAAGUCAGAAGAACUCCAACAUUACCUGAACUAUGUGAUGAUCACUGUGAAGAUGCUCUCAUGCCUUUUUGCGGCGUUCUUCAUUUGGACCCCAUUUGUAAUUGGCCUUCUGUCGCAUCAUAUUGUCAAUUAUGGAAGAGAUUUCUUGGCCUUUGCUAACCUACUUGGCCAUAUGCAACCAGGAUUGGAUUGUAUUUGUUAUAUCGUUGCGAACAAGUACUUCAGAAUAGGCUACAAGAAUCUUAUUUUGCUAGUAUUGCGUUGCAAAGCAAGGAAAGCAACGCAGUAGCAGUAAUGAUUAACUAUAUAUCAAGGUGGCAGAAAAGUUACAGUGCAGCUAAAGCGUGUAAAAUAUUUGACGCAAAAUUUUCAAUUCUCUCUUGGUUUCAUUCUGGACCAGUGUUUAUGCACUUUGCUACUCUAUGUGAGAACAUUGUCGCUGAACAGUUCACUAAUGUGCUGAUAAUAUGGACAAUGAAGAAAUAUUCGAAGUAAAUUAAAUAACAUGCUAUCCGACCAGUUGUCACAUUUUAAACUAUAUUUUAUAUUAGGCCCAGAAUGAACUUGUGCAAAAUAGAGCUUCAGUCUAUGGUUCGAUCCUUGGUGAUUUCUAAAUUACCUGUUCUGCACUGAGGUACCAAUACAACGUUGGAAAGUCGAGAGUGUCAGAAUCUAACAUCCAUUCAAAUUUUCACUGAAUUCAAAAUUAGAUAUUAAUCCUUUCAUCACCAAGGGGUAAAAUUAAUAAAUAAUGC